CAGCGACUUACACAUCCCUCUUCCCCAGUCCUUUACCAAGUCCGCCUCCGAUCCAUAACACAGAAAUUCAACAUUCUCAACAGCGGUCGUCAAUGGCGUCGUCGCUCUGGCAGACCGUCACCAGCCUCGGCCGUACCUCCCAGCAACAGCAACAACACCAGCAACAGCAGCAACGAGCGUCCAGCAGCAGCGUCGCCAGCGUUACCACCACGACCAUGGACCCCCCGCCCAAGAAGAUGAAGCAGUGGACCACUGUCUUCGACGGGCUCGACAAGCUCCAGCAGAGUGAGGUGGACGUGCCGCAGCCCCGGGACGGCGAGGUGCUGGUGCGCAUCGAGGCCGUGAGCCUCAACUACCGCGACACCGAGGUCAUCAAGGGCGAAUACAACCACCACCCCUCCCUCCUCUCCCCCGGCGAGUCCAUCGUGCCCUGCUCCGACAUGGCCGGCACCGUCGUCUCCUCUUCCCCCUCCACCUCGUCGAACCUCCCGCCCGGCACGCGCGUCAUCUCCAUCUUCCUCCAGGACGACCUCUCCGCCCCGCUCCGCGAGGAGGCCCUCGCCUCCGGCCUCGGCUACCCCCUCCCCGGCGUCCUCUGCCAGUACCGCGUCUUCCCCGCCCGCGGCCUCGUCCGCUGCCCCGACUACCUCUCCGCCGCCGAGGCCGCCACCCUGCCCAUCGCCGCCGUCACCGCCUGGACGAGCCUCAACUGGAUGCGGCCCCUCGGCGAGCACAUCGGCACGGAGCAGGACCCAGACCCCCCUGCGCCGGAUAUUACCACUACUACCACCACCACCACUACCACCGAUGACGUUUACGUUGACGCAAAGGGCAAGACGGAGACGAAGGAGAAGCAGCAGCAGCAGACGGGGAAGACCAUGAAAAAGACAAAAAAGUCCGCCCUCAUGCAAGGCACCGGCGGCGUCUCCAUCGCCGCCCUCCAAAUCGCCCACGCCGCCGGCCUCCACACCAUCCUCACCUCCUCCGACGACGACAAGCUCCGCCGCGCCCGCGACCACCUCCGCCUCGCCGACACGUGCAUCAACUACCGCACCCACUGGCAGUGGCAGGAGCCCGUCAUGCGCGCCACCGACGGCCGCGGCGCCGACGUCAUCUUCGAGACGGGCGGCGCCCGCACCCUCCGCAAGUCCUUUGAGAGCGUCGCCUUUGGCGGCGUCAUCAACUGCAUCGGCUACCUGUCGGGCAAGCACGACGAAGACGACGGCGGUGGAAACGGCGGAAAUGGCGGAGGUGAUGACAAGACGCCCCAGCUGCAUCGCCUCAACGUCAACGUCUUGGCCCUGCGCCGCAACGUCAUCCUCCGCGGCAUCAUCAACGGGCCCAAGGACCGCUUCGAGGAGAUGCUCGGCUUUUACCAGGACAAGAAGAUCAAGCCCGUCGUCGACAAGAUUUUUGACUUUGACGACGCCAAGGACGCCUUCGAUUACCUCGCAAAGGGCAAACACUUUGGCAAGGUCGUCAUCAAGGUCUCGGAGUGAGCAAGAUUGCCAUAUCGCAGGGUGGGCAGGCGGCAGGCGGCAGUAGACGAUAACAUGAUUUCAUGACCUUGCGAGUAAAACAUGACCAUAGACCCAACUGCACGACUCUACUAGUCGUACGAAUAAAUCUGUGACUAUACUCUGAGUCACCUCGGCAAGGGCAAACACCACAUGCGAUACUUAGGCAGAGUUAGCCCUAUUUUGUACACUAUAUAAAACCGACAUACAACAUGACACAUCAACCCUCCCAGAGUCUUCCGACCCCGUCAUCGAACAGAAACCCAGGGCAAUGUCGUCCGCCGUCAGCG